AUGGACGAUCCAAUCAAAGUACGCUUAGCACUCGAAAGCGACUAUAAGCUAGUAGUGGAAAUGUCAAAAGGCAUCUACGGAGAGCUAGACUACCUUCCAAAGUGUUACCACGUGUGGCUACGUCAGCCAAACCGGCACAUGUUUGUAGCGGUAGACGGGGAACAAAUCGUUGGUCUGACUUCUGCUUGGCUGAUUGACAAUGAAAAGACGCUUUUAUCUCAGGCAGGCAGAGUGAAUCCGGACUAUCGCGGGCAAGGUGUCUACAGAAAGCUCGAAAAAGAAAAAUGCAAGUUUGUCAAGGAAAAGUAUCCCAAAGUAAGGGUAAUGAGAAUGACUGCUGACAAUAAUGGCGUGUUAGUUCAGUUGAAAAUGGGGGCUCAAGUGUUUUAUGAAUUGGCUCAUAUACAAUGGGAGCUAAAGGAGGAAAUUGGAAAGGACCUGCUAGAUGCAUUUCUUGAAACAACGGACAACAUUCUACCAUCGCCUUAUAGUAAGGGAGAAGUUAAGGGGAACAUAAUAAAAAAUAAAGGUGCAGUGGACGCGCUAUUUCUGAAAGGUGAUGCUCUAAUAAACUGGGAAGUGUUCAAAGUAGGUGAGCAAACAAACUUCGACUUAAUAUUCCUAAAAGAUGAUCGAAUGUUCGCUGUGCAAACAUCCCUCGACACUUUUCCAGAGUCAUUUAGUCAUGGUCGGCUGUCUGCGCGUGCGGUAUACCUGUGGACGUGUACAGUGUACACCGCAGACCCAGUCCACCUCCGAGCACACUUGAAGCAGCAACUUAGAGUGGCAAUGGAGGUGAUUCAAGGACCGUUCUAUUUCGAAGUGCUUUGUGACAAGGAUCUUGCUCAAGAAUGUCAACAUGGUGCCCCAAGAGCUCGGAGAACAGGGACUUGUUUAAUACUGGAGAGGGAUUUGAAUAGCACCACCAUUACAGACGCCCUCUGA